GUGGACAAGUUUCUUUAUCAAAAAAUUUCUUUUUUUCUAAUAAAUUUAAUAGUAAUUACUUGAUUAUUUGGAAUCUACUUAAAUUUAAAUGAGACUUCAAUUUUUGUUGAGUGGAUUAUGGGAGGGGGAAUCGUAAAUUUUAGAGCAACUAUUUUACUUGAUUAUAUAAGUUGUUUUUUUUUAAGAGUAGUUUUAUGCAUUUCUUCUAAUGUUAUUUGAUACAGAAAAAGUUAUAUACAUUCUGACCUAAAUGCAAACCGAUUUAUUAUAUUAGUAUUAGGAUUCGUUAUUUCUAUAAUACUUUUAAUUGUCAGCCCCAAUAUUCUAAGAAUUCUUUUGGGAUGGGACGGCCUAGGAUUAAUUUCUUAUUGUUUAGUUAUUUACUACCCUUCAAAAAAAUCUAGAAGUGCUGGGAUACUAACGGUUCUUUCUAAUCGUGUAGGAGAUGUAUGUAUUUUACUUUCAAUUGGUUGAUUCACUUUAAUAGGAGAUUUUAAUAUCCUUUGUUGAAAUUUGACUUCUACUUUAGAUGAAACUUACUGACUACCUCUGUUAGUCAUGAUCGCUGCUAUAACUAAAAGAGCUCAAAUCCCUUUCUCUGCGUGACUUCCUGCGGCAAUAGCUGCUCCUACCCCUGUGUCAGCUCUAGUUCACUCAUCUACAUUAGUAACUGCAGGGGUUUACCUAUUAAUUCGAUUUUCCUUCUUACUAGAAUCGCAAUGAUCUUCUAGUUUAAUGUUUAUCUCUAUAAUAACUAUAUUUAUAUCAGGUAUUGUUGCAAUUUGUGAGUAUGAUUUAAAAAAAGUAAUUGCUCUUUCUACUCUGAGUCAGCUAGGCAUGAUGAUAUUUGCAAUUUCUCUUACCUUACACAAAGUAGCUUUUUUUCAUCUUCUUUCUCAUGCACUCUUUAAAGCAUUGUUGUUCCUCUGUGCAGGAAUUCUAAUUCAUGGAAUUGGGGGGUCUCAAGAUAUACGUCAUUUUGGAAGAUUAGUAAAAUCUUACCCUAUAGUUGCAGUUUGUUUAAAUUUAGCUAAUUUUUCAUUGUGUGGGAUUCCUUUCUUAGCAGGAUUUUAUUCUAAGGAUAUAAUUGUAGAAUUAGCUUGUCAAAAUUCUUGAGGUAUGUUUAUUGUGAUUAUAAUAUUUAUAUGUUUAGGACUAACUGUAUUAUAUUCAGUUCGUUUAGUAUUUUUCAGUUUUUCUAAUCUAAAAACUGGCGUACCCCUGCAAUCAUUAUGUGAAGAGGAUAGUACUCUAGUAUACCCAGUUGUAAUUUUAACUUUAAUCUCAAUUUUAUCAGGACCAUCUUUAAUAUGAUUAAUAUUCCCAUACCCCUCUUUAAUUCUUCUACCUCCUACUUUAAAAUUAGCAACAAUUUUUGUUAUCUCAUUUUCCAUUUUUUUGAUAGUUGGACUAAGUCAAAUUUCACUAACCCAACUAAAUGAGUCUAAUCAAUUAACUUAUUUAAUUGGGGCAAUAUGAUUUCUACCUUGAAUUAGUGGUCAAAGAAUAACGGAGGGGGUUAUUUCUAAGAGAAACUAUAUUAUUAAAAUUUUAGACCAAGGAUGGUUAGAAUAUUACACAUGUGUAGUUUCUUCCGAUAUCCCUAAUAAAAUUAUUCCAGUUGUAACAAAUACACAACAAAAUAGUUUAAAAAUUCAUUUUAUAGUAUUUUUAAUAUGAAUUCUAUUAUUAAUUAUUUUUAUUUUAU